AGGGGAAGAUGUCAUGAGUCGUCAAAAGAACUACAAAUGAACAAUAAAUGCAACUCGAAGAGAGAUGAGAGAGAGAGGUAGAGAGAGAGUGAGAAGGGACCGAGGUGGACACUGGUCGCGGGAUAGACAGACGGCACAGAACUGGGAGCGAGGCAGACUCCGUCGAAGUAGCUACCAAAGGAACAGGGAACCGGCGGAUUGGGGGAACUCAAAGGAUGAUCAUUACCAGGGGCGAAAAAUGCAGAGAGAUGGGCCUUAUAACUGGGGAUUAUACAAACAAGCAACAUCAUUCUUCUUUACCAACAUCCCGGAUGACUGGAGCUAUGAAGAAAUGUGGAGCACGUUCCUAAAGUUCGGCCGCGUGUAUGACAUUUAUUCUCCAAAGAGAAGAAGCAGGAAUGGGAGCAGAUUCGGGUUUGUGAGAUUUCUAGGGGUGACAGACGAGAAGGAACUAGAAAGGAAGUUGGAUCAGAUUCGGGUAAGAGAUCGGAAGCUGUGGGUGAAUAUGCCAAGGUAUGAUUCUGAGAAGAAGGAAGUUGGGGUGAGAAGAAAAGGAAGCGGAAUGAUGGCUGUAACUCAGAACAGAAGUUAUGCUGAGGUGGUAAAAGGAACACAAGAGAAGGAGAUGGCAGGGGAUCAGAGCAUACAGAGCAUGGUCAUCCGAAACAGAAGUAGAAGUAAUGACAGAGAAACUAAGAAGCAAGCAGGGCAAGACAAGCAUAGGAGACUCAGAGGUAGGAGUAGACACAAUCACCGGCAAACCGCGAAUAGGAAAAUGUGGAAAGAAAGAGGAAGGGGAGAAACCUGGGCAGGUAUGGAGUUCAACAUCAAACCGGAGGAGUACGCUUGGCUCGAAGGCAGCUAUGUUGGAAUAGUGCAUUCCGUGGAGAUGGAGGAAGUGAAGGACUUAGUUGAAAUGGCAGCAGAUUGGUUAAAGCAAUGGUUCGAAGAAGUGAAACCGUGGUCAUCACAAAUGACAGCAAAUGAGAGAUUUGCGUGGAUUAGGUGUCAAGGAGCACCAAUUAAUGUUUGGGGAAGUGAAUUCUUCUCAACUAUGGGUAGCACAUGGGGAAAAUUUAUUUGCUUGGAUGACAGUACAAGCAAGAAGGAAAGAUUUGACAUUGCUAGAUUUUUGAUUUCUACUUCAAUAAUGGAGACAAUCAAAAUUACAAGGGAAGUCAAAAUAAAUGGAAGCAUAUUCAAGCUGAAAUUUAUAGAGGAGGAAUUCACGAAUUGCUUCUUUUCUUUGAAACAUGAUUUUAUGCCUUCCUUUAAUAGUGACUCUGAAGAUAAUGAAACAUGGCCUACCGGAACAGAGUCGGAGAUGCAGGAGGAGGAAGAUGAAAGGAGGGAAGAGGAGGUUCAGGCCGGGUGUUCAAUUGAUGAAGAUGAUGAUGUCAUAGGACGUAGGAGAGAGGAAGAAAGAAGAAAUGUAGCUCAAACCAGCAAGAAAGUGGACAAACGGAGUGGCUACAGGGCAAAUGGUGCAGGGCUCAUUUUCGGAAAGAAGAGAAACAAAAUCAGAAGAAAAUAUCCACAAAAUGAAGCCCAGUAUACAGUCGGUGGUAAGGCCCAGCUUGCAAGAAGAAAGCCCAAGGGUAAUGGAGUCCACAAACGUGGAAGAGGCCUAAAAAAAACACUAAAGGAGACCUCAACCUCAUCCCAAAACAGAGACAUUUCUAGAACCCGAGAAUCCGCAGAGGAGAAGGGCGAGGAAGAAGAAGAUGCAUUCUGGAAGGGGCAUGAAAGAAGCCGAAUAGAAGAAUGGAUCGGCAAUCAGCUGGAGGAGAUCAACUCAAAAAAUGGUAGAAGGAAGAUCAGAAGGUGCAGUUCGGUGUACAGCCAACCCAAAAACAGUGAGGUAAUGGCGGGGAAAAAAAAAGGAAGAAAGAAGAAGAACAUGCAGCAGAUGGAGGAGAGAUCGGUUCCAAUCUUCCUGCCGAACCAUGAUGGGAAAGUUGCUGGAGAUUCAGUAGGGGACAGUGAGAUACAUAAUUGCAACAGGGCAUUGAAGAAACAAUGGCAAAACCAACUUGCAAAGGAUAUCUGGGACUUGGCGACGCAGCUUGGAGCGGUGGCGGAGAAUGACAAUGAAGUGAUUCAACGAAUUGAGGAGAUGGAGGCUAGAGACCAAAGCGCAAAAAGGAUUAUGGCAAACCGAGAGGUGGAAGUCGUUCAAGAAACCAAGAUGGAUACAGUGGAUAGGAAGUUCUGCAGAAGUUUAUGGGGGUCCGAGGAUAUGGAUUGGGUAGCAAAGUCUUCUAAUGGAAUGUCUGGAGGGGAUUUUAACGCUGUAAGGAGGGUUGAGGAAAGAGCAGGAUGUAAGGUGGUGUCCAAUGAAAUGAGGGAGUUUGAAGCUUUCAUCCACAACACUGAUUUGUUUGACUUGCCAUUGAUAGGGAGAAAACUCACUUGGUAUAAUUCAAAUGGGCUCCAAAUGAGCAGGAUUGAUAGAUUUCUGUUUUCUGAAGAAUGGAUGUCAAAGUGGAGUGAAAUGAAACAGUGGGGAUUGAAGAGGUCUGUAUCAGAUCACUGCCCUAUAGUGAUAAGAAAUGAGCAGAUCGACUGGGGUCCAAAACCGUUCAGAUUUUUUGAUGCUUGGUUGGAUCAACCGGGAUGCAAGGAGGUGAUUACAAGUGCAUGGUGUGACAACGAAGUGGAGGGGUGGAAUGGAUUUAAAAUAAAAGAAAAACUGAAAAGAACAAAGAAGGCACUAAAGGAGUGGAGUGGCAAAACCAACAGGGAGAUGGAUGAAAGAAUAAAGAAAGCAGAGCGAAUGAUCGCUUCAGUUGAUGAGAAAGGAGAGCAAUACCAGCUAACAGAUAACGAUAUUGAAUUGAGGAGGAACGGUUUUAUUGAAUUGUGGAAGAACUUAAAAAUCAAGGAGAGGAUGAGUCAACAAAAAGCAAGAAAGCUGUGGUUGAAGGAAGGUGACGCGAAUACAAAAUUCUUCCACAGAAGCAUCAAGGGAAGAUGGAGCAGGAACGAAAUCAAUAGUAUCCGGAUAAAUGGGGAACAACAUACAGGAGUGGAGGUAAUAAAGCGAGAGAUUGCUAAGUACUUCCAAGAAUUGUUUACAGAAGAAAAAUGGAGAAGACCAAAGCUAGAUGGAAUAUGCUUUAGGCAGAUCACAAAGACUGAUAAUGAGUUCCUCAUGGCUACUUUCUCAGAACAGGAGAUUAAAGAAGCAAUAUGGAACUGUGAUCCAUCCAAAUCCCCAGGACCAGAUGGAUUCAACUUCAGAUUCAUCAUGACAAUGUGGGAUGUUAUAAAAACUGAUAUAUUCAACUUGGUUCGGGAGUUCCAACAACAUGUCAUAUACAAAAUCAUGGCAAAGCUUCUAGCGAAUCGAUUACGGAAGGUGUUACCUAAGGUGAUUGGGGAGCAGCAGAUGGCGUUUAUUGAAGGAAGGCAAUUAGUGGAGGGAGCAAUGAUUGCAAAUGAGAUUAUUGAUGAAGUUAAAAGGAAAAAGAAGAAGGGAUUUUUGUUUAAAGUCGAUUUCGAGAAAGCCUACGAUAAGGUAUGCUGGGAAUUCAUUGAAUACAUGAUGAUGAGGAUGGGAUUCUGUGCAACUUGGAGGAAUUGGAUUCAGGAGUGCUUGAAAUCGAGCUCGGUGUCUAUUCUAAUCAAUGGCAGCCCGACGAACCAAUUCCCGGUUAAUAAAGGCAUCCGUCAAGGAGAUCCAUUAUCCCCAUUUUUGUUCCUGAUAGUGGCAGAGGGAUUGAAUGGACUUGUGGCAUCAGCAGUGGAGAAAGAGAAGUACAAAGGAGUGGUAAUUGGGAGAGGAGAUGUGAUGGUCACGCACCUUCAAUUCGCGGAUGACACAAUUUUCUUUGGAGAGGCAACAGAAGACAAUAUCUGGGUGAUCAAAUGUAUUAUGCGGACAUUCGAGUUAACCUCAGGGAAAUUGCCAUUUAGGUAUCUGGGAAUACCAAUUGGAGGGAAUCAUAGAAGAAGAGCUAUGUGGCAGCCGAUGGUGGAGUCCGUUAGAAGGAAGCUAGUCAGCUGGAGGGGUCGGUAUCUAUCCAUGGGAGGCCGCAUCACACUCAUCAAUUCAGUGUUGUCAAGUCUGCCAGUGUUCUUGAUGUCUAUCUAUGUUAUCCCGAAAGAGGAAGGAGGUUUAGGAGUGAGGGACUUGAGGAAAUUCAAUUUGGCAUUGAUGGGUAAAUGGUGGGGAAGGCUAGCAGAAAAUGGGGAGGGCUUAUGGAAAAAAAUUAUUAUUGAGAAGUAUGGAAAGGGAGGAGGUCAUUGGCAGGAUUGGUUAGAUGAAAAUAAAGGAGUAGGUUCAUCUUGGUGGAGGGACGUGAGUGGUGUCAACACAGUAGAAGGGGGUAGCAAUGGAUGGCUAAAAGAGGGCUUUAGGGUUAAAGUUGGGGAGGGUAACACUGUCAGCUUCUGGUGGGAUAAGUGGAGGGGAGAGGAGAGUCUUGCUAAUAGGUUUCCAAGACUGUAUCUUUUAUCGAUAGAGAAGACGAAGAUGUUCAGUGAAAUGGGAAGUAGAACAAACGGGUUGUGGGAGUGGAAGUUAAAUUGGAGAAGGAAUUUGUUCGAGUGGGAAGAGGAAGAGGCAAUGGAAUUACACAACAUGAUUCAAAGCGUGCAGACGUCACAAGGAAGCAUGGAUAGCUGGGAGUGGACCCACAGCAAGGAUGGCCAAUAUUCAACAAAAUCUGCAUAUGCAAUGUUAACAAAAGAAGAGAGGGAAGCAUCGGAAACCACAACCUUCACAAGAAUUUGGAACUCCAUUUUGCCAAGCAAAAUUUCGGCAUUCAACUGGCAAUUACUAUUAGAUAGGAUUCCAACUAAAAUGAACCUGCUGUCAAGAGGGAUCAUCAAAGACAUUCAAGAUUGCAGGUGCGGAAUAUGUGGUGAGGAAGAAGAGGACACAAAGCAUCUAUUUCUGAAAUGUAACAUGGUCCGGUGGUUAUGGAUGGCUUGCGCGAAAUGGUGGAGUAUUAAUGUUACAUUGGAAGAGGAUUGCUGGAAUACCUAUCAAGUUGCUGGGAGAGAACCAAAAGAGAAAGGUAUUAGGGAUGGAUGGGAUUGCAUUUGGAAUUCUCUAGUGUGGACAGUGUGGCUGGCCCGAAAUCAAAAAGUAUUCCAAGGCAAAGAGAUUAACCGGGAGAAGCAGCUGGAACUCAUCAAAUUAAAGUCCUUCCAUUGGAUCACAGCAAAAAAAGAGAGGUAUGCCUUCACUUUAACGGACUGGUUUAUUAAUCCAGCUGCAUGCUUGAAAGAUUGCCAUAGGAAAAGAAGGGUACCAAAUGAAUCAUCUGUGGGAGGGGAUGGUGUUGUUGAUAUAUGGAUGGUUUGUCUAUUACUUUUGCUUUGAAGGGUUGAAUGGCUGUAUUAUGGGGGCUCAUUAAGGCUUUUUGAGCAAACAUUGACUGUAGUGGAUUUUAGCUGUAGUCAAUGCAUGAUCAAGGUCUUCUGGGUCAGUGGGUGUGAUGGGCGAUGGUUUGUUGAUCUGAUCAGGGAGAUUUAUUGAGAAUACAAAAGAAGGCAGAAU